UCACGGCUCUCCAUGCAGUGCGUAAAACGGUUCCAAGCGUUCAUGUGGGUUUAAUACUUGUAACUGCGUCAGAUAUCAGUCAUCCCAUAAGAAAACAGGCUCCAUCAACUCUCAACAGAAAAGCUUUAAUUAUCCCUGCAGCCGUUUGUCGAUGGAUUAGGUGUAACUUCAUCCAAUCAUUUCAAGAAAAGAAUAGUUUUUGAAAGGUACCACGCGAAGGGGUUAACAAAGCGAUCGUUUUAAUCCAGUGGGAGAAGCAAUAUAAUACGGAAAUGGUAAAGUUUACUAAUUUUCCUCAGUACAACAGAUGACAUUGGGGGAGCUGACAGAAGAUUUUGGUUUCGCUAUGUUUUGUCUUUGAUACAUGAAGCAAUCUGUGACCCAACACACUCCCAGGUUUUGACAGCGCCUACAUUAGAAAGUGUGCCUCUCACACAUUAUUGUUGUUCCUCAGCACAACAGAAGUCUUUUUAGAGACCUCCACUUGUGUAUCUAGAUCUCUGGAAACUGAACCCACAACUCUGGCUUUGACAGAAUCAUGCCUCAAUCGACCGAUCCAUCCCAGUCACAUCCCUGAGCAGAAGGAGAAUGGGAGAGGGCAGGAGGAGGGAUGGGGGGAUAGGAAGAGGAGGAGGGUGGUGUGUGUGGGUGCUGCAGGCAUUUGUGUUACUAGGAGCAUAUCUGAACUUGCUCCAAGACAGAGGUGGUGUUUGGGUCAAAGCCCAGUCCAAUGAGAGAAGAGUUCUGGCUCACAUCCCUGGUGACAUCAUCAUAGGUGCUCUGUUCUCGGUCCACCACCAGCCCCCUGCCGACAAGGUCCACGAGCGGAAAUGCGGUGCCGUGCGUGAGCAGUACGGCAUCCAGAGGGUGGAGGCCAUGAUGCACACCCUGGACCUCAUCAACGCUGACCCUCACAUCCUCCCCAACAUCACCCUGGGCUGUGAGAUCAGGGACUCUUGUUGGCACUCAGCUGUGGCCCUGGAGCAGAGCAUCGAGUUCAUCCGGGACACUCUGGUGUCUAACGAGGAGGAGGAGAGCCUGGGGAAGUGCACAGGGGAGGAUGGCCAGUCGCUGGUCCGGGGGAAGAAGCCCAUCGUGGGGCUGAUUGGACCAGGGUCCAGCUCAGUGGCCAUUCAGGUCCAGAACCUUCUCCAGCUGUUCAAUAUCCCCCAGAUAGCCUACUCUGCCACCAGCAUGGACCUCAGUGAUAAGAGCCUGUAUAAGUACUUCAUGCGGGUGGUGCCCUCGGACGCCCAGCAGGCCAGAGCCAUGGUGGACAUCGUGAAGAGGUACAACUGGAGCUACGUGUCUGCCAUCCACACCGAGGGUAACUACGGGGAGAGCGGCAUGGAGGCCUUCAAGGACAUGGCGGCCCGGGAGGGCAUCUGCAUCGCCCACUCAGACAAGAUUUACAGCAACGCGGGCGAGCAGGGCUUCGACAGGCUGCUGGAAAAGCUGCGCGGCCACCUGCCCAAGGCACGCGUGGUGGCCUGCUUCUGUGAGGGCAUGACCGUCCGAGGCAUCCUGAUGGCCAUGAGACGCCGCCACCUGGUUGGAGAGUUCUUGCUCGUGGGAAGUGACGGCUGGGCAGACAGAUAUGAUGUGACAGACGGCUACCAGCGCGAGGCCGCGGGGGGGAUCACCAUCAAGCUCAAGUCGGCCUACGUGACCUGGUUCGACAACUACUAUCUCAACUUGACGCCGGAGGUGAACGUACGCAACCCCUGGUUCCCGGAGUUCUGGCAGCAUCGCUUCCAGUGCCGACUGAAGGGACACCCUCAGGAGAGCAGCAAGUUCAACCGUACCUGCAACAAAAUUGAGUCUUUACGUCACCAGUAUGCCCAGGACACUAAGAUGGGUUUCGUCAUCAAUGCGAUCUACUCUAUGGCAUAUGGACUUCAUACCAUGCAGCAAGCACUCUGCCCUGGGUACAAGGGUCUGUGUGAAGCCAUGCGGCCCAUCGACGGACGUAAGCUGCUGGACUUCCUGAUGAGCACCAACUUCACCGGUGUGUCAGGAGAGAUCAUCCACUUUGACCAGAAUGGAGACUCACCUGGCAGGUAUGAGAUCAUGAACUUCAAGCACAUGGGAGAGGAGCAAUACAGUUACAUCCACGUGGGUAGCUGGGACCAGGGAGGCCUCAGGAUGGACGACGAGGAGAUCUGGACCAACAACAACACCAUCAUCCAGUCAGUCUGCUCUGAACCCUGUCUGAAGGCUCAGAUCAAGGUGAUCCGUAAGGGCGAGGUGAGCUGCUGUUGGACAUGCACGCCGUGCAAGGAGAACGAGUACGUGUUUGACGAGUACACGUGUCGCGCCUGUGACCUGGGCGCCUGGCCGACAGAUGACCUGACGGGUUGUGAGCCUAUCCCGGUACAGUAUGUGCGCUGGGGGGACCCAGAGCCAAUCGCUGCGGUGGUCUUUGCGUGUCUGGGCCUCAUGGCAACACUCUUCGUCACCUCCAUCUUCAUCAAGUUCUGGGACACUCCGGUGGUGAAGUCGUCCAGCCGGGAGCUGUGCUACAUCAUCCUGGCUGGGAUCUGUCUGGGCUACUUGUGCACCUUCAGCCUGAUCGCAAAGCCCCACGUGGUCCACUGCUACCUGCAGCGUCUGGGCAUUGGCCUCUCCCCAGCCAUGAGCUACUCUGCCCUGGUCACCAAGACCAACCGUAUAGCACGUAUCCUGGCCGGCAGCAAGAAGAAGAUCUGCACCAAGAAGCCCCGCUUCAUGUCGGCCGCAGCCCAGCUGGUCAUUGCCUUCCUGCUCAUCCUGCUGCAGCUGGGCAUCAUUGUGGCUCUCUUUAUCAUGGAACCGCCACAGGUAAUCUAUGACUACCCCUGUAUCCGAGAGGUGCACCUGAUCUGUAACAUGACCACGCUGGGGGUGGUAGCUCCUCUGGGCUACAACGGCCUGCUGAUCCUCAGCUGCACCUUCUACGCCUUCAAGACUCGAAACGUGCCCGCCAACUUCAACGAGGCCAAGUACAUUGCCUUCACCAUGUACACCACCUGCAUCAUCUGGCUGGCAUUCGUGCCCAUCUACUUCGGCUCCAACUACAAGAUCAUCACCAUGUGCUUCAGUGUCAGCCUGAGUGCCACCGUGGCCCUGUGCUGCAUGUUCGCCCCCAAGGUGUACAUCAUGCUGGCCAAACCGGAGAAGAACGUGCGCAGUGCCUUCACCACCUCCACCGUGGUGCGCAUGCACGUGGGCGACUCCAAGAACGCCACCAACGUCGCCAAGCCCAAGGCCACCAGCAGCAUGGCCAACUUCUUCAAGCGACGGGGCUCUGGGCAGGACAUCAGCUCCAAUGGGAAGUCAGUGACGUGGGCCCAGAACGAGCGUGGCUACAGGCCCAACCUGUGGAAGAGGAUCUCUAUCCACAUCAAGAAGAAGGAGGAGGUCAACCAGACAGCCAUAAUCAAGCCCUUCUCCAAGGGAGCCGACGUCCCGCCUGACACUGGGGUCAAGGUGGAGUACGAGGAGGCACAGCAGGGGGCGGAGAGCUACCCCCCUGCUGGCUACAACACCAGCACCUCCCCCGUUGUCAACCUGCCCACCGUCAGCCAGCGGGUGAGGGGUCCCGGGGGUAGCCAGAUUGGGGGUGAGGGGGAGGAUGCACUGAAGCACCCUCCCUAUUUGUCAGAGCUCUCGCAGCGCGCUGGCAGUAGGGGAGCUGGAAUGACGGGAGUUGGGUCUCUUAGCCGUGGGGUUGGUGUGGGAGCGGGGGCUGUUAGCCGUGGGAUGAGUGUGGGAGCUGGCGGUGCUAUGAACGUGGGGGAGAUGGCUGUUGGGGUCGGUGUCAUCGGGAACCAGCCGCAGGGCUCCACCAUCAUGGACCAGAUCAGCUGUGUGGUUAACCGUUUUACUGCCAACAUCAGCGAGCUCAACAAUAUGAUGCUGCCGGGUUCUCCACCAGGGGGCGCCUCUGUCGCCCCUGCUCCUGGCCCCACUUCCCUGCCCCCUGGAGGUGGUCCUGCCUCCUCCCGCUCCCCUCCCUACUGCCUGCCCAAGCCUGGCCGCCCUCUGCCCUCCACCAUCACCACCUACGCUGAGGUAGCCACCGUCAAUGCUUCCUGUGGAAACCGCUUGGUGGGCGGAGUUUACGAACAUGUGGGCGGAGCCAACGGGAGUAGCAGGGCAUCGCCGGGUGGUCUGACGGACAGCAUCGGGGGAAUGUCCCGUUUCUCGGCCAUGAGGACCGCAGAUCUGCUGGAGGAGCUGGCCGCCCUGAGUCCCCCGUCCCCGUUUAGAGACUCGUCCAUGGGUUCCACCAACGGCUCUCCCCCCUCCCUCUCCCUGGCCACUGAGGCAACCAUGUGUGAGCCCUGCGACAACAAGUACGAUCGGCUGGUACUCAGACACUACAGCCAGAGCUCAUCUUCUCUGUAGACUCUCCCUCUCUUCGUUCUGUUCACGGUUUCUAUCUCUCACGUCUCCAGUUCCUUCUCCCUGAACACUGAAAAACGAUGCCUUCUAAAUGGACUCAAUAGGGAGAAUAUAUUAUAGGCCAUUUGUCAACAUGAAGAUGGAUUGUGUUAGCUAAGUGUAUUUUUUUUUAUUUUGACCUCUAGUUGUGUUGUUGAAGACAGAGGGUGGAGCGAUUUGACUACUCAUGCUGUACUUGGAAAUAGACUUUUAAAAUACUUUGGAUAUAUAGGGAAAUCUCCAAUUCUACCCAGUAGGUCAAACCCCAAAACUUACUGCCAAACUCCCUCUUCACCAAUGAGAACUCUCCUUACUCACUGCCUCAAACACUGCUAGGAAGAGUGAGGGUCACUGGGGGUUGGAGGUCAAAGGUGAGCCAUAUCUGGUGUUUUUCACUACAAAGCCGUAUUGUUAAAACACCACAGACAGACUUUAUGCAAUCUACCUUUCCUUGUUAACCUUUUACACUAACACAACAUUGAUGCUUGAGUUUCAACAAGGCUCAUUCUUUUUGUCACCCAUGAGUGUGAUGUGUACAGAAUGACACCAGUCACUCUUCAGAACUUGUUAAUGUUGGUUGGUUCUGCUUGGAGGUUGAUGUGAUGGUACUAGUGUAGUAGGCUUUGUGGUGUCCUGGGUUAACUUCGCCCAAGACAGUGGCGCAUGCCCCACACAGACUGUGGUAGACCCCAUCAUGCCUCUUCUCUCUUUCUUUUUGAUGUGACUUACUCAAUUCAGUAGCUGAAUGUACAGUUAUCUAAUCACUUUGAAACCACACAGACCAAAACAACCUUCCAUCUCAGGAUGAGUUCUUGACCAAAAUACUCAGACGUAAACUGCUUUGAAUUACUGAUUUUGUGUGCUACUAAAUGCUGGCAAAACGUUAUCCUGACUUGCAUGAUUGUAAGGCCUUUUUGGAGUUAAGUGUUAUUUGUUAUAUUCUUCGCUUUUUAAACAGAUAUUCAGAUUAGUUUCUAUAACCAAUAUUCGAUUUUUAAAGGAACAGAUAGGUACAGGCUGUGUUUGUGUGCAGAUUUUAUUAAAUGUUUUCUAUUUAGUGACUCUUAACCCUUGGAAUAACCUUGCCAGUUUGUAAUAUUAUGAGAAACCUCAACUAAAAAACGUAUGUGAACUUUUUGCAAACUGUGAAUUUUGAAAGGAAAAAGAAUAUCAUGAUGUGCCAAUGAGAGAUAUGCUCAAAGUCUCCUUUUUUGCUAAAAAUCUCUUUUUACUAAAAGUACUUUCUAAUCCAGAUGUUCAUUUUUAAAUAUUAAGUAUGAUUGAAAAGCAUUGAGAGCAAUACAACACAGACAUUUCUCUUCAAGGGGCCAAAUUAUCAAACACAAGUGGCCAAGCUUGCCUUUUAAGACACACUUUUGUUGCUCCUGAUGGAUUACUGUCUGUCUUCAUGGCUGAGGCAGUGUUUGCAUCACCUAUUCUGUGCAAUAUUUGUAUUGGAUAGGAGUGAAACGUUAGUUCCAUAUUUGCAUGCAUUUCAGUGCCAAUAGCAGAUAUCUAAGUGCAUAUAUUCAGUCAAUAUCUUUUGAAGGUCUAAUCUAUCCAUCUUUCUAUUUAUCUGCCUUUCUGACCAACAGAGAUUAGAAUAUAGCUAGUCAAAGCUGUCAUGUUUGAUGUUGUAUUUUUUUUACUACAUAUUUAUUUCUAUAAGGCAAAAUGGUAUUUGUAAAAUCAAUAUUGGAUUAUGUGCAGUGCAGUAACAUGUUGGUUAACUGGAAGGCUAUUUACACUUGUGUUCUUAUUAUGAAAAUGACGUGUCAUGAUUUUACUGCACAAGGCUUAAUAAAUGUAAUUUUAAAAGUG